AUGAUAAAAAACCUGCUAUUCAUCUACUUAUUUUUCUUUUUAUCUUUCUUUAUCUCUUUUAUUUUAGCUGAAACAGAUUACUAUAAGGUCCUUAAUGUCGACCGUGAUGCAGAUAAUAGAGAGUUAAAAAAGGCUUAUUUACGUCUUUCAAAAAAAUGGCAUCCGGACAAGAAUGGUGGAGACGAAAAGAUGUUUCGUGACAUUGCCUAUGCAUAUGAAGUGCUAAGUAACCCUGAAAAGCGAAAAAUAUAUGAUAUGCAUGGAGAGGAAGGGUUAAAAAAGUAUGAAGGAAACCAAGAUAGUGAAUAUCAUGAUCCAUUUGAUAUUUUUUCAAAAAUAUUUGAAAAACAUUUUCAAGGGGCAAAACGUGGUCCCAAUAUGGAGAAAUUUGUAGAAGUCGAGUUGGAAGAGUUAUAUUAUGGGUCUACACUUACUAUUGAUAUCGAUAAACAAAUGAUAUGCCACCAUUGUCAAGGAACAGGAAAAGAUCCUCAACAUAAACAUAGUUCUACCCUAUGUACCAAAUGCAAUGGAUAUGGGAUCCGUGUUAUACGCCAAAUGAUAAUACCGGGAUUGUAUCAAACAUAUCAAAUUAUCUGUGAUGAGUGUUCUGGAAAAGGACAUGUCUUUUCUUAUCCAUGCACUGUUUGCGACGGAAAUAAAGUUGUGCAAAGUACUGAAACAUACACGCUAAAUAUUCCACCAGGAGCACCUUAUGGUUAUCAGUUCAUUUUUCAAAAUGAAGCGAAUGAAAGUCCAGAAUGGGAAGCAGGCGAUCUUUGUAUUAUAAUUAUUGAAAAACCCUACUCAAAAAGUGGUUGGAGAAGAAAAAAUAAUGAUCUUUAUCGGGUUGAAACUAUUUCUCUUUUAGAUGCAUUAUUAGGAGAAUGGACUCGGAAAAUCAAACUAUUCAAUAAAGAUUAUUUUAAUGUAACAAAACUUGCAGGUGAUACAGUACAAUCAGGACAUGUCGAUGUUUUUCCAGGAAAAGGCAUGCCUGUGUGGGAUACAUCACAUUCUACAUCUCGUUCAAACAAAGGUAACGCCUAUAUCGAAUGGAGAGUAAUUCUUCCAGAACUCAAACCUGGUGAUCCGCUUCGGAAAAGUUGUUUAUCCAGACUUCCAUUUUCAUAUACUAAUACUUAG